AGUUUAUUGAGCAUGUUUCGUACCCUGCUCCCAUGGUAACAGCUGCCAUGGUAACCACCAAGCUUAGGUGCUAUCGGACAAACCUUGAUAAGGACUACGGUUUUCACAUACUUUAUUAAUUUCGCUUGUUUUAUUUUAGUUUAGCUGUAGUUAAGUUAGCUAUGUUGUUGGAUAAGCGUUUAAUUUUUCCUGUGCGGAUUAAAAUUACCGAUGGAGCGAUCCAGCUUUCGAUAAAGUAAAACAUUUCUGUUACAUUUUAUUCUAUCACGAAAGUAAACCACACUUUUUUACCCCUUUCAUCUGUUUGCUAUCACACCACCGUGCGUUAGUUUGUUAAAAAUGGCAACAUUAAAUGCUCAAGUGUCUCACCAUACGUUUCAAAGUUCACGUGAGAAGAUGUCAUUGGAAUUCAAAACAAAAGUGAUGGCACCCCGAAAUCCCAAGCUUGUUAAAAGGGAGGCAAACAAUGUAAAGCUGGUUCCAUCUGUAUUUGCUCAAGUAAUGUCCCAGACUACAGAAGAGAGAUUAGCAAACACUUUUGAGAUGUAUCCGCCCCGCAUUUUGGAGGUGUUUGACAUGACUGAGACUACAUAUCACAAGUUUUCUUCAUUAGAUUUGGAUCAGGCCGUGUUCCAGCCAUACCCGUCUGAGAUUGUGUUUCAGAACUAUACACCAUUUGAGACAUACAAGGUGCCUUUAGAGCUGCGAAACAGUGACAAGGUUCCACGACUGGUAAAGGUCAUUGAAGAAGACUCACUUUAUUUUAAAGUUCUCCACCCACUAGAUGUUAGUAAGAAAGUGGCCCCUGGCAUGGCAUCUACAUUCACCAUCGUAUUCACUCCACAAGAGAGCAAGGAUUACAUCCACAGACUCAUCUGCGUAACUGAACGUGAAAGGUUUGAGGUGCCAAUUCGAGCAAUUGGACCUCGUGCCAUUUUGGAUUUCCCGGAUAGUCUGCACUUUCCAAUCUGUCCGGUAAAGUGCUUGUCCCAGAAAACGUUGUUUGUGCGAAAUAUAGGAACAUGUGAGGCUAAAUUUCAACUUCGCACAUGCAGCCCAUUUUCUGUUGAGCCUUCAGUCGGCACACUUGAUGUGGGUCAAAGCAUGCAAGUUACUGUUCAGUUCUUGCCUAAAACCACAGGGGACCACAGCCAGGAUUUGCUGCUGCACUACCAUUCAGGAGAGGUCAUCCAAAUCAGCCUGUAUGGAGAGUCAACGGAUAUAAAUGUAGGAUUGGACAGGAACUCUGUUGUAGUGGAGAACACCUACAUUACCUUGGCUAACUACCAGACAGUGGCAAUAAUAAACAAGAGUGAUUCCAUUGUGCAUUACCAUUGGAAGAACUUUGCCACCGAGGAUGAGGAAGAACAAGACAAAUUAAGGCUUUCUUCAGAGCUUAACCCAAAAAAGUACAAUGAGAUGGAACAGUUUCUGACAGAAUGCGCUGAUCCCUCUCUGCAGGCUUGUCUUUCGCUCUUCUCUCAGAGCCUCCAGGAGCGUUUGGUGCAGACCCAGCAGCAGCUUUCGGCUUUAGAUGGCCAGCACAUCGUCAUGAGGCCCCUGGAAGGAGAAAUCUGGCCCAACACCAGUGCAGAGGUGACCAUCAUCUUCAGACCCCAGGAAGCCAAAAUCUACCAGCAGACUAUAUACUGUGAAAUUACUGGUCGGGAAUCUCGGCUGCCACUCCUUAUACAGGGAGAGGGUAUAGGUCCAAAACUGCAGUUCAGCUUUAACUUGCUAGACAUGGGAAACAUUGUAAUCGGCUCCCAACAGAGCUAUAAGCUGCUUUUAAACAACAAGGGGCUGAUAAAGGGAGCAUACAGAUUAAUACAGCCUUGUACUGUGUUGGGUCUUUGCUUUUCCUUCAAUCCCUCUGAGGGUGUGAUCCCACCCGGAGCCUGCCAGACACUGGAGGUCAACUUUUCCUCUGACAAACUUGGACUUUUUUUCGAAGAGUUACAAUUCAGUGUGGAAGGUAACCCUGAGCCAGUCACCGUCACCUUCAGGGGGUGCUUAAUUGGGCCUACGUUCCACUUCAAUGUUCCAGAACUUAACUUUGGAGAAGUGUCCUUUGGCUUUCCACAAACGCUGACAUGUUGCCUUAGCAAUACUUCAGUGGUGCCCAUGAACUUUGGGCUACGGAUCCCUGGAGACGGCACAGGACAGAGCAGUACUACCAGCGUGGAUCAGGUCGCUCAUCUGGACAGAAGUGAAUGGGCUCCAGGGGACAAAACGGAGAGGAAGCCAAAAGAAUUUACCUUAUCAUUCACCACGGGAACUGUUCGUUCUCUGGGUGAGAUUGACAUCCAGAUAACCUUAUGCUCCAACACUGUGCAAGACUACAAUCUAGCUUUAGUGCUGGAUGUUCAGGGUGUCGGGGAGGAGGUUUUGGCUCUUCCAAUCAAAGCCAGAUGUACUGUGCCCGAUGUGAUCCUUGAGAACCCGAAUCUUCAGUUCCAGCAUGUUUUCUUGGGUCAUCCCUAUGAGCAAUCAGUUAAACUUAUCAACAAUACUGACCUCCCUGCAUGUUAUGGACUUCUGCCACAGCCACAUGAGGAGGAUCCCCAUCUUCUUUAUUCCAGUGCCCAUCCGCGAGGGGUCAUUCAACCCCACAGUACCGAACAGAUUCCAUUAGUUCUUCAGGCCAAGAGAGUGGGCAGCAUGCAGCAAGCAGCUCACAUCGCAAUACUAGGCCAUCAAGAUCCACCACUGGAGCUUCUGCUGUCCUGUGUUGGCCAGGGUCCUUUGGUCUCCAUCAGUGCUGCCAAGCUGAACUUUGGCUGCAUUCCGGUACUGACUGAUGUCCCUAAAACUUUACAGCUGUCAAACAACUCUCCAAUCCCAGCCAGAUUUCUCGCUCAAAUGGUAAAGAACAAGUCUCAUUGGCGUGUGGAGCCCAGUGAAGGAGAAGUUCCUCCGGAGGGGAGUAUAGAAUUGAAGCUGAUAGCUUAUCUUAAUGACACAGUAGCCUUCCAGGAUGAACUGUUGCUGGAAAUCCAGGACAGCCAGACAUAUAAAAUUCCUGUUUCUGCCAAAGGAAAAGGCACAACUAUAGUCACUGACCGUCCAUUCGCCCCUUGCCUCGAUUUGGGAACCCACUUUAGUUCUGGACCAUGUCAGUAUCCAUUUAGAAUCACUAACCGUGGACGACGCACUCACCAAUUAUUAUGGACCACAGAUGGAUUUACACAGUCUCACAGUAAAAGCCCUCGCCUAUCGUCGAACAAGUCCAGGAACGUGAAAGCCAAGAGUCUGCAGUCCUCAUUUCAAGAAGCCCCAGUCUUCAUCCUGUCACCUGCACGUUUAACACUUGCCCCAGGGCAAUCUGCAGACAUGUUGCUCCAGGGCUCCACGGACAUCCCCAAGGUGGUUAUGGAGAAACUGGUUUGCCAUGCUGUUGUGGGGCGGCAGUACGUGAGAGAGGUCAUCAUGACUGUGGAUGUCACAUGCCAGUUUGUCUCCCCAGCUGUAGACAUCUCGUCUCAUCAAAUAAACUUCUAUGUGGAAAAGGCUCCAGAUGUGCAUCUGGUUCCUCUAUAUCAGAGACUGGUUUUAAAGAGCGUGUCCUCCCUGAACCUCUCUAUGAAACUGACCCUGCAUGAGCCUUUUGCCCUGUGUGAAUAUGAGGGAGAUGAGCUGUUUGCAACCUCAAAGAGUCUGGUGUUGGCUGUUGGAGCUGAAAAAGAACUGUGGGUCUGUUUCAACCCCAUGUAUCAACAGGACUGCUUCAGCCGUGUGGUUGAAGAUGAGCUAGAACUCUGUUACCACAGCCACCCACAGCGGGACAGGGUGGCAUUACGGGGUGAGGUGCACUUCCCCAAUCUUCAGUUUUCCAGCACGACCCUUGACUUUGGCUGCAUUCUUAACAACACAAAAUCCCGCCGCAAGCUCACUAUGACCAACUGCAGUCCACUUUGCGUUUCUUACCGUUGGGCCUUUCUGGUGGACCGACAACAAUGCCAUAUUGGGUUUUUUGAUGUGGAGAGCCGAGGGAUCGGAGCGUACACCGAGGGGAAAGGAGAAGAGAGCGAGGAGGUGCGGAGGGAGCUGUUGAAGACGAAAGAAGCUGACGGCAAGACGGACCCAAACAGAAAACCUGACAUUAUUAAACCUCACGUGGAAGAGGACGGAUUGCAAUGUAGUGUCUCCACGUCCAAUGGACAGGAGACGAAUAGGACUAACUUGAGACAAAGGUCAGCGACAGACUUGGGAACCAUACCUAUUAAUCUAACAGCCAAGGGGCAUCCACGUGUGGGUGUGAAGGAGGUCUUCGAUAUCUCAUCACUGUAUGGAGAACUGCAGCCUGGUGACACCAAACUGGUGACUUUCUCGUUUCUUGGCCAUGCUAACAUCAGCACUCAUGUGUUGGCAUUGUGUGAGGUGGAGGGGGGGCCCACCUAUGAGAUCACACUGAAGGGUCAAGCCUCAUUUGUUUCGUAUACACUAGACAAGAAUGACAUUGACUUCGGCUUGCUGUUGUUUGACCAUGUGGCAGAGGCAGAAAUCACUUUGAAGAACACAGGGGCAGUUUGCUUUGAUUUCUCCACUCUACCUGAUGAACAAGAGCUCUCUGUUGACCAACCCCUACCUGGUCAACCGUUAGUCAUCCCGAGCAAGGGCCACCUCGAGCCAUAUGCAGAAAUAAGACUCAGUGUUUGCUACCUACCAGGGAUCCCGGAGGUUUUUCACAAGACCUUUCAGUUGCAAGUGGCCUUUUUUGAGACAGAGAGCAUUACUGUAAGAGGAGAGGGCAUUUUCCCUAGAGUGUGUCUGGACCUGCCUACAGAUCUAAAUGAGGAGAUCUAUGGCUCCUUAUUAAUGGAGGCAAAAAAUAUGGUGGAGAGUGAGAAAUUGAGAGAUGGGGUACUGAGCAGGUCUGCCACAGAGGAGAUGCCACCUGAAGAUGACUAUAUUCCCACUUACGAUACCCUGCUCCAGAUGGAGCUAGAGCGGCUCCUUGUGAAGGAACAUGCCAUAGCUAUACAGACACAGCAGCAGGUCAGUGAUCAAAGAGGAACAGCAGGAUCCACAAACAGCCUGCUCAAAAAGCUCAGCAAAGUAAGCUUGCCUGAGUAUGUACUGGACUUUGGUUACGUCAUUGUUGGCAGUGUUGCGACCCACAUCGUCAAAAUAACCAACACUUGUCCGUUAGCUGUGUCUUUUAGAGCUGACAGGAGUUUGCUGACAGGCACAGGAUUUAGUACAGAAUUGGACCGGGUUCAGAAUUUGCCCUUCUGUGAGACAGAGACGUUUGAAGUCAAGUUUGAUGCCUGUGGUGCUAAUAUGGACUUGGGAAAGAUCAAUGCAGUUUUGCCCAUACAGGUGGUUAAAGGGCCCCAGGUGCAGGUGCGUUUAUGUGCGGAGGUCACCCUGCCCUCCCUCACGGUGUCUUCAGACACACUGCAGUUCGACACCAUUCAGUGUGGCUUUUGUCAGGUUGCCACAGUCCAGCUGUAUAACCAUGGACCAGUCCCCUGUGAAUGGACCAUCAGACAAGAGGAACGUCCAAAAAAGAUUGACAAGCAUAUCCCACUAUACCUCAGACGGCAGGCUCAGCUAAAACAGCGGCCUUCUCCAGUUAUCUUUGAAAUAUUGCCAUCUGACGGCUUGCUCUAUCCUGGUGACAGAAGCAAUGUGCAGGUCAAGUUCAGCCCAGCAGAGGGGAGGGUUUACAGUCAAAGGCUGGUGAUAUCAGUGGCUCAGAGCACCCAGAAGAUCUCACUUCUGGCCCAAGGUCAAGGAGAAGAACCUCAGCUGGAGUUUUCUUCUUCAGAGUUAGUACUGGGGCCCAUUCUGCCUUAUACUGAAGAGAAGGUGGCAGAUGUGAUUAUCCGCAACCCUUGUUCCUUUCCUAUUGAGUUUUACUCGCUGGAUUUUGACAAGCAGUACCUAGAGGAAGAAGAGAUCUUGCGGAUGAUGAAAGGAUACGAUGCUCAUAAUGUGUUACUUUUGCCACCCCGUGCCCCCGGCGAUACUCUGCCACAGGAACUGUUGAAUUUCUACACAGAGUACUGCUCACAAGAAGCCAAGCAGGAACCUGGGGAGGGUUUUCCAGAUAAAGACAUUGGGGACACAGCUGCACCAUCUGAAGGUGAAACACUCAACAGUAAAGUGGGAGAUCUGGAAUAUGACCCUGUUUCUAGAGCCAUAGCUCGUCACAUGGGCGUUGAUCUUUCACCGGAGGGAAAGGCUGCCCAAAAGCGCCAGGGCAUUGCCAUCAUUGUGCAUGGCGCUCCUUUAUCAGGUAAAACAAAGACAGCAGUUACUCUGGCCAAGCACUAUGGGGCAGCGUGUCUCAAUUUAGACGAGGUGGUGCAGGAAACUAUGUCUUCAGGGAACACCAUAGCAGGCCUGAGGGUGAGGGAACUGUGUGCCCAGGCGGCUGUAAAGGAGGCUGAGGCGGAUACGAUGGCCACACCCCUUCAGGGUCCUGCUGUUCUUAGUGUCGAGGCAGUAGCCAAACACACGGCAGAGGGCAGCCAGAUAAGUGACCUUAUAGUCCACCCGUCAUCUGCCUCAACCCGCAACAAAACAACCAUCACCGGGAAAACCGGCAGUUCUGUUGCAGUCGCUCCCUCAUUGUCUGGACAGACAUACAGGCGUCUGAGCAUGAGUGCCAGUCAAAAAGCUGGAGAGCUGAGCGAUGGCGUCCUGCCUGAUGAUCUGUUGGUCGAUAUCCUAUCAGACAGACUGCAGCUUAGCGACUGUCAUCGUGGUGUUGUGUUUGACGGGCUGGAGACCCAGUAUUGCAACUCACAAAAUAACACCCUUCAGAUUAUUCUGAAAGCCCUCAAUAACCGCCGCCAUAUUUAUGUUAUCAACCUCUUUAACAGCUACAGUGCCUUCAAGCGCAGGGAACAGAUUGAACAGGAAAAGAAAAGACAACAGGAGCUUGAGAAUUUAAGAGAAGAAGAGGAGACGCCUACUGAGGACACAAAUACCAAACCAGAACCUCUACCAAUAAUAGAGGACAAUGUAGAACAAGAGCUGCAGUCCAGUGAUAGUGACAGACAGCUGGAAGCCCGAUUUCAGUUGUAUGAGGAUAGCCAGCCCCAACUCCAACACAUUCUUCAGUUCUGGGACCGAACCCAAGGUCUGCUACUGCAGCCUGAGGUCCAAGAGACUGAGGAGACCACCGAAUGCCCUGCCCCAACCGGCAAGAAGAACAAGAAGGAACGAGAGAAGGAGAAAACAGAGAAAGAGAAGCUUAAGGGAGACACCGUAGAUAUUAAGUCUUCGCUUCCGAACCAGGCCCAUGUGCCAGCUGAUGGUACAGAGGGCGCUGACAACAUGGUGGUGCCAGUUCCUAUCCCUCACAUCUGGCUGUCCAUCAAACACAGCGAACACCUCAGUGGAUUCGAGAUUAUCAGUAGCAUGAAACUACCCUCCCUUGAAGAGAUUUUGGAUGAAUUAGGAAUUGGACCCAGAGGCCCACCCAUUUCUCCACCUGUAAUAUUCUCCAUUGUCCAGUACCCUGAGAAGCGAUCAGCGCCCAACAUUCAGCAGUCUAGCAGCUGUCUAACCAUAACAAUUCCCCCAGCGCCUGAUCACCUGGCUGAGAAGAAGAAAGAUGCAGAUCUUAUAUCAGAUACUAUGGAUCCAGUCACAUCUGUUAAGGAGGCCAUGGUGGCUAGUGAUACAGAUCAAAGGCUUACUCAGUUUCGCUGGAUUGUACCACCAAAUGAAGCGGUUACUUUCAGGAUCAUAUUUCAACCCUCUUCUCUUGGAGAAUUUGAACAGACUUACAGCUUUGAGUUGAUGGGGAGCAAGCGAUGUUAUCAGCUGUAUUGUAGAGGAAUUUGUGCUUGCCCAUCUAUAAACAGAGACCCUCAGGUGGUGUUUGCACACUGCAAAAAGACCCUGCGGCCUGAGAGUGGGCUACAGAAGACGUAUGUUAUCAAGUCUGAUGUGUACGAGUUUGGACCCUUGCUAUGUGGAAAAACCAGAGAAAGGUAUAAAGAACGAAAAUUUCCUGAGAACAUGGAGAAGUUUGUAAUCCACAACAAUUCCAUAAUGAAGGCUGAGAUCCAGUUUUACUUCCAACAUGACACCAAGGCCACUACUUUCUUUCUUGACCCAUCACAAAUGACCCUUGAACCCAAUGAGAAAAAAAAACUGACGGUGUGGGCGUAUCCCAAUACUCCUAAACUAGUAGAGGACAGUGUGGUGUGUUGCAUCAAGGGGAACCCAGAGCUGGCCGUCUUUUGCCUUUCCUGCAUAGGAGUCAGACCAGAACUAGACCUGGAUCCCAAGCUGCUUCAAUUCGACAAAGUUCCACCAUACAGAAAGGAAACCCGGAGCCUGACUCUGCGCAAUAAGACGCUUCUGCCGGCUGCCUGGAAGCUGCGGGGGCUGAAGCUCCUCGGAGAUGAAUUCAGUGUGUCGCAGAACCAAGGGAUCAUCAUGCCUCUCUCUGAGUGUCACGUGCACAUGAAUUUCAUGGCCAGAGUCCCAGUGAAACUGAAGAGAACCAUUUGUUUAGAGGUGUCAGAUGUGGACAACAUUCUUGGCAUUGUUCAACAUUCAGAGAACAUUCAGAUCUUUGCAGAGGUCUAUGACAUUGCGGUGGACAUAAUUCUUCCGGAAGGUUCCGAUGGUUCAUUAGAUUUUGGAACGAUCAAAGUAUUAGAAGAGGUGAAGCGGACUAUUAAGUUAGAAAAUAAAGGCAAAUAUGACAUAGCCUUCAAGUUUGCACUGGAGCCCACUCACCCAGGAAUGCCAGAUUUGAACUCUAUAUUCUCCAUCACACCUCAAAACGGUUGCCUACGCCCCAACAACAAGCUGACUAAUAUUCAGAUUGUUUUUCAGCACAAUAAAGAAGUUUCCAUCAGAGAUAACCCAAUCCUUUGCUGUCAGGUUAUUGAACCCAGUCUGGAUGGUGGUGAGACCAUUAACGCAAUACCAAUCAAAGUGUCAGUUCAAUCGGUCUUCUCUAAAUACAGCAUCACUCCUUCCAACCAAAUCAAUUUUGGCCCACUGGUGUUUGGUUCUCGCAAGAGACAGAUUCUUACUCUGCAGAAUAAUGGCAACUUUGACUUUCAUUUCAACAUCAGAGUGUGCAAAAUUCCUUUAGUUCCAGCACAGAGAAGAGGCCUGGGAAAUAGGCAGGGUUCAAAAGACACUUUACAGAAUGAGGUUGGCACGUCCACACUGUUACUAUCAGUGGGUGUUUUCUCAUUGUCUCCAUGCGUUGGCAUUCUGGCACCUGGAGCUCAACAACAAGUGACUGUGGAUUGCAAGGCAGAUCAUGUAGGUAGCUGGGAGGAAAGUCUGUCUGUAGUCAUUUCUGACAGAGACCCCUCUGACAAACCAGACGGGAUUCCAUACAAGCUUGUGGCAGAAGUUUGCAUGCCAGGAAUAGCAAAUACAGAUAUAGCUUCUAUCUUUGAGGAGCACCGUAUCUGUAAGAUCAGCAGCAUGCUGCAGUGUGAACAAUAUCGAGACAGUAUGGGUGUCUAUGUGCAGGAUGAGAACAAGUUUGUCUUUAACAAUGUACUGGUGGGUCGGUCAGCCAAAGCACAGUUUCGCCUGACCAAUCCGGGUAAAGUGGCAUGUGAUCUCAGCCUGUCGAUCAAGUCAGUCAAGACUCAACCUGCAGAGGUUUUCGAGUUGACCCCUUCAAAGUUGUGCAUUGCCAGCCACUCGCACGCUUUCGUCACAGUCACCUUUUCCCCCACGACUAUGCAGACGUAUUACGCUGUGUUUGAGGCCGUUCUGAAGGGGGCUGUGAGCCAAGCUCCUGGCAAUAAGUCCAAAGCUUUGGUGUUCGAUGUAAUGGGUGAAGGCAACUUGCCCUGCAUCACUGUUCUGAGGCCUGUUCAGAGGACAAAUCAAGGUCAGCCAUUGGUUCAGUUUAAGCGCUUGUUGGUGGGCCGAGGCCAGACUCUUCCAUUAGUGAUGAAGAACAAUGGAAAUGUUCCUGCACAUGUUAGCAUUAUUCUGCAACAUCACCUGGAUGCUUUUACUCUGAAAGCUGCUGCUGGCACUGUAUGCAAACUUGCCUCCUCACACAUUGAACGCUAUCCUGGAAAAGAAACCGAGAUCGCUCAUGUAGCCUCUCUGACCCUCAUGGUUGGGCAACAAGCAGAAUUCCUAAUUGGGUUUCAUCCAAAGGUAGCUCAGAGGUUUGAGGCCAACAUAAAGGUAAUGGUGCAAGAUAACCAGUAUGAUCAGACUGUGGUGCAGCUUGUUGGAGAGGGUUACCAUGACAUCAUCAUCCUGGAAAACAUCGGCAGUAAAGUUCAGCAGGAGAGCACUGAAAGUUCAUCUGAUCUUCUGCAUUUUGGGGACUGUCACGUGGGCCGAGCUUAUCAAGAAACCUUUACCAUGACGAACCCGAGCAACUCCAAAGUGCUACGCUUUGAAUGGGUUCCCAGUGCACCACAGUUAAGCUUUUCCCCGCAGGUCGGUCACCUGCAUGCUGGGUGCUCCAAAGCUGUGACUGUGACCUUCUGCUCCGAGCAGCCCAUUGUUCUGAACGCGCAAGCUAUUACCUGUAAACUCAACACUAUCACCUUUCAGCAGCCUGUAGACCAGGUGCCAGACUGGGACGAUUGUCACAAGACCGUUAAAUGGGUGGAUGUAGACAACAAGUCCUCAGAGCGGCCCACUAAACAGAAGGUUGUAGUGGCUGAUCCUGAGCCUCUGCACUCCGUAGUGGAGGACUCCUCAAGAGAGGUGGAGCUAAUAGUCAGCUCUACAUGUGAUUACGUCCAGUACCAAUGUGAUACUGGACCCAUCCGCUUCAAAGACACAAUGCUUUACCAGACUAGAGUCUUUAAGCUUCAGAUGGAAAACAAUGGCAGUGUUAAUCUGGAGUACUCCUGGAAGGUUCUGAUGGAGACGUAUGGAAGAACAACAUGCUUUGAACAUGGAGGUCGAACAUCUCGUUCAGCUCAAGGCACCAGGACACCUUUGAGACCAGCAAGCUCUUUGCAGAGUGUGUCUUCUCUAUUGCUAGGAGACCCAGAGCUCCCUCCUUUCAAUGUUGAACCUGGUGUAGGAUCUAUCAGCCCAGGAUUGAGUCAGACCUUCCACAUCCGGUUCUCCCCUCUGGAUGUGGCUGAGUUUGAGGCCAGUUUAAUCUGCAGUAUCCCAAAUCUAAAGGACGAGCAGAGUCCAAAAAUCGCCGUAAGUGGUCGUUGUUUGCUGCCAUACUGUCAUUUCCACCUAAAGGAUUCAGACUACCUCACUGCAAACAGACGCAACACAGAGCUGCAGAGUCUUCCUAAUGUGGACCCCAAUACUAGGGUUAUAGACUUCACUUCAGUGGGCAUUGGCACAUCGGUCCGCAGGGAAUUUGGUAUUGUUAAUCCUACAAACAAGCCUUAUUCUUUCAUAUGGAGAUGUGAGGACUUGAGAGGUGAUUCCCCUUUCGAAUGCUUAACACCAAACAAGUGCAUUCAGCCUGGAAAGGAAGUAAAGGUCUCAUUUGAGUACCGGGCUUUGGACUUGGAGCUGGUGGAAUCUAACUGGACCUUCUUAAUCCCCGAACACAAACUGUCAUUGCCUUUCCUCCUGGUGGGGACUUCUAAAGAGCCUGUAGUCUAUAUUGAUCGAGCUCAUCUCAAUCUGGGCAGCCUGCUUGUAGGUUUUGAAGCUCAUCACACUGUGUUUCUGGUGAACGGUGAAGAUCAGCCGUUCCAUUUUACUGUCCAGAAGAACUCCUGCCUCACUGAGGGCUUUCAAAACCAAUUGUUGUUAGAGCCCAUGGAGGGAACAGUUCCACCCAAAAAUAAGAUCCCAUUGAUUAUACGGUUCACUCCCACUCGUGAGGGAGAUGUGGCUUUUAAUUUGGUGUUGACGGUGCAGAAGAAGCUCCAGCCUCUGACAAUGAAUAUUAAAGGGGAGUGUUACAAACUAAAUGCUCACGUACAGUAUGGGAGCCCAGAGGGAUCCAUCAAAGAGCUCUCACCAGACCAUAUUCACCUGGUGGACUUCAAACAGGUGGAGCUAAAUGAGGAAUCCACAUGUACCUUUGUGGUGUCUAAUCCUGGGAAGUUCACACUGAAUGUUGAGUAUGAUUUGUCUGGGCCAGCAAUGCUUCAGCCCCACCUGGAGGUGAAACCUAAACUAGACACAGUGCCUGCUGGAGGACAGAGCUUUUGCACCGUGACCUUCUGCCCUCAGCGGAAAUGUAUGCUUAGGGAUUCAACAUUUUCCAUUAAGAUAAAGAAUGGCCCGACAUUCCGUUGUGCCUUAACGGGGUCUGCUUUGGUCCCGGAGUUGGAAUUUUCUUUUCUCAAGCACAACUUUGGAAUGCAUUUCAUAUAUUGCACUGGCAUGAUACCUGCUACACACACGCUGGUCAUUGGCAACAGAAGUAACCGAGGAAUCAGUCUGGACUGCUUGUUUUCCAACACACCCUUCCUGGAGGUAAGCUUCAACCCUCAAGUCCUUCCCCCCGGAGGUUCUGUGGAGGUCCUCUUCUCAUUCUACCCACGCAAAGCAGUUCGUUACCAAGAGAAAGUGGUUUUUGAGAUGAAUAAGUGUGCCAAACAAACAGUGGAGAUCCUUGGACAGGGGGUUGAGAUGCAGAUUAACUUGGAAGACCCGGGGCAUAAGGUAGUAAAUUUUGGAGCCUUGCAGAUUGGCCAACAAAGUCGCAAAUUGGUCCCUCUGGUGAACAACAGCCACUGUCCUUUGACUCUUAGUCUGGUUCGCACAAACCCUAAUUACGCCCUCCAGGACCCCAGGGUCCUGUCAGUGAGUCCAGAAGGGCAGGUGACAUUAAAGGGUGCAGGUGGACGCUGCGUGCUGGAGCUUCUCUUCUCUCCUCAGCGGCGUAUUCCUCCUUUUACAGAGGAACUGCAGUUACAGUGUCUGGGUGCUUUGCGCCCCCUGCUGGUAAUGAAGGGUUGCUGUCAGGGAGUGGAGGUCAGUCUGGAUACAGACUACCUGCAGUUUGGAGCCGUGGUCCAGCGUUGCAAAGCUUCACGUCGCAUUAUCAUGCAGAACACUGGGGACAUUGGGGCAAGAUUUAAAUGGGAUGUAAAGAGUUUUGCUCCAGACUUCAUUAUUUCCCCUGCUGAGGGCUAUAUUACACCUGGAAUGGAAGUACCCCUUGAAGUGACCUUUGCCCCCGUCGAGUUAAGUCAAGAUUUGUGCUAUGAAGACCUUCGCUGCACUAUAGAGAGGGGCAAACCUAUAAAACUCACCCUGACUGGCUCCUGCAUUGUCCCACCGGUUGCAGCAGAGGUGUUGAAUUUCGUGUGUCAGGUGCGCAGUCAGUGCACUCAGUCCGUGGGUCUGUUCAAUCGGAUUAACCAGAGCGGGAUGCUGAAGUGUGUCAUAGAGGGAGAGCACUGGAGCGGGUUGCCCACUCUCCUCAUUGAUCCUCCUCAGCAGAACAACUAUGAGAUCACAUACAAGCCCUUAGUCAUGACUGCUGAAGGGGAGAGGCAUGAGGGCUCUGUGUUCUUCAGUUUUCCUGAUGGCACCGGAAUACUGUACAUAUUGCACGGCACAGCUGAGCCACCCAAAGCUGAAAGCACCAUCGCAGAAGAGAUACAAUGCAAAACCCACCACACACAGAUUUUGUCUGUGAAUAACUGGCUGCCCAGACUUCAACGGUUUCGUGCUGUUAUGGAGCUGAUCAAACCUGAUCGUUCAGAUGGCACUGUUUCCCUCAAAGGCCAGGAAUACAUUGACGUUCCACCACUGGAUAAGAAGAGUUACAAACUUUCCUUCUUCUCCUACAAAGAGGGCCAGUACAUUGCUAAAGUGACGUUCAAGAAUGAGACAACGGGAGAGUAUUUAUUCUACAAUCUUAACUACAAAGCGACAGCCCCAGGAAUCAUCAGCACUAUAGAAAUGGCGACCCGUGUGAGGCAGAUGGCGUCAGGGUUCGUGGAAUUGGAGAACCCUCUCCUAAUGGACUUGAACUUCUCUGUAGAGUGCCAGAAUCCAGAUAUUAAUGUGCCUACAUUGUUCAACGUUUCUGGCCAGUCUAAGGGCACACUGGCUUUUGGAUACCAGCCUCUAUGUAAGGGAGAGACCAAAGCCCGUCUGGUGUUGUACACUGCUGAACUCGGACACUUCUUUUACCAACUUCAGCUAAAGGCACUGCCUGCACCCCCCGAAAAGCCCCUCUAUUUCAGAGCACCUCUCGGCAGCAGACACAGCAUCACAGCUAAAUUCACCAACUACUCUCGUGUCAAGACCGAAUACAUUUGCAAGGUGGACAGCCCAAACUUUAUUGUGGAAAAGGCCAUUAAAACGGCAGCAGGGAACCAAGCUGGCACAGAAGUAAGUGUGGUGGUCCAUUUUGAACCCUGCCAGCUGGGAGAGAAUCACAGCCUUCUCACCAUUUCUUCUGAGCUUGGAGGGGAGUAUGUCUUCCCUCUUUAUGGCACCUGCACCCCACCCAAAGCUCAGGGCCCCCUCGCCAUCAGCUCAGGUUGUAGUGUCUCAAUUUCCUUUAAGAAUGUCUUUCAACAGACCACAAGCUUCUCCUUUCUGGUGGAUAAUCCUGUUUUUACUGUCAAGGAUACAGAGACUAUUUUGCCCCAGAAGACCCAGAACAUACAGGUUAGUUUUGAGGGCCCUCCAUCAGGCACCAAGGGCCCAUGCCAUGGAAAGCUAACAAUUUCCUGCCCACGGAUGGAGGCCCAUGGACAGGGUAUCUUUUGGGUUUACUAUUUAAAAGGUUAUUGUCCAGAUCUACCUUCAGAGAAAAAAGCUAUAUAGCUGUAGCGGAUGAGUAGAGAUCCAUGCGGUUCUCUUGCAAUUUUAUUGCAAUAAUAUUUAGAAAAAAACAAUAUUGUGUUUCUCUGUCAGUACAUAUGUUUUAGUUUACUUAUUGACAGACUUUAUGUUUGAAAUACAAGUGUGUGUCACAUAAUAUAAUAGUAAUUUAUUGCCAAGAUUUACAGCCAAACAUAAAAUAAACAAUUUUCUUCAAACUGA